CCUUAAAUAAACACACGGUUUUGUUUGUAAUUUGUGAGGUUGUAGAACUAUUAUUUUGUGGAAGGAAGAUUUGGAGUUGGCACAACUUGAUUGCUAAAGGUCAAUUUGAUUUCAUCUACAACAAUGGACAGAGCACGGGUGGUGAGAGAAUUAGAAACAAAAGGAUACAGUGUCAUCCGGAAUGUUCUGACCGACAAAGAAUGCGAAAAGUUUAUAUCAAUUUACAAGGCUUGGGUUGAAAGGUUUGGAGAUGAGAGGCCUUACUGGGAUAAAUCAUUGAUGCAACAAUAUAGGUUGUCCCACUGUGAACCCACGUGGAAUGUCAGACUUGCAGCGAAAUCUGUGUUUGCCUCCAUAUGGAAAACGGAUAAAUUGUUGACCAGUAUGGAUGGUAUUGCGAUUGGAGAACCUCCGGAAUUAGGAAACACUAGCUUUGGUGAUCCUGAAUCUAAUUGGUUUCAUAUGGACCAGGGUAGCUGGCGAGAAGGUCUUCAUGUGUAUCAAGGAGCCGUUUACUUGGAGGAAACUACAGAAACCGACUAUUGCUUUAGAGUUCUUGAAAAAUCCGUUCAGUUUCAUAAAGAAUUCUAUGAAAAUUUUCCAAAGGCUGUUAAAGAAGCUGCAGGUGAAGACUUUUAUCGUUUGUCAAAGGAGCAUUUUGAUUGGUACUUAUCUAAAGGUUGUCAAAUUAUGAAAGUUCCUGUUCCAAAAGGCGGUAUUGUUUUAUGGGAUUCAAGAACAAUUCAUGACAACAAAGCACCUUUAGUUGGUAGACCAAAUUCAAACCGAUGGCGAUUCGUUGUUUUUGUUUGCAUGGCACCUGCGAUCUGGGCAACGGAACGAGAUAUUGAAAUGAAAAAGAAAGCCUAUAGCAAAAUGGUUGCUACUGCCCACUGGCCAUCACAAGGAGUUUGGGUUUUCCCAAAUACUUCAGAAAGAGAGGCUACUAAAAAGUUUGCACACUUGGAAAUAAUUGAAGAACUCCCUGAAGUAGCUAAAACGAAAGAAGUCUUACAAAUGGUUGGAAUUGAAAAAUAUGACUUUGACGAUGGACAACCAAAUGAUCCAGGUUGGAAUCCAAAAUGGUCAGUAGACCCGAAUACGCAAAAUGUUAAAAGCAGUGUAUAUUUUGCUUGAAAUGGAAAUAAAGACGUAUUUUCCACUUAUAAAUAUAUAGCAGAAUCUUAAACAGUAUAGAGAUACUAAUGUAAGCUGACUAUAUUUAUCCCGGUUUGUGCUGUAAACUUAUCGUUAUCAAAUAUGAAUCGAGUUUCAUUUUGAAUAAUAGACAAUGAUUCUCCUCUAUGAUUAAAAGUGUUGCAACAUUGGUUUUUUAACGAUUAGAGCCGUUACUGCUACUGAUUUUUUUCCUACCUUAACCACAUAUAAGUAUAUAGCACUUUCCGUUUUUACAAUUUCAUUUAUCUAUCGUUAUAUACCAAUGAUAUAUACAUUCUGCUGUAUUUCUGUGAGUUAAGGUAGCUAACAAUUUAAAGGUAGGCAAUAUUGCUGAUAGUUUAAUGCAAAUUACUAAUUUUUGUAUUCCAAUUAUUGAUUAACAACCGACCAAUAAUUAUAUAGCACUGGUUUUACAAGUAAUAUUCCACUCUCAUUCUUGUAUGUAAAAAGAUUGUAUUUUUCAUCUUAAAACACGUGAUCAUCCCAUCGAAAUGUUUUGAGACAUAAUUUUCCGAAAAAUUGUCAUGUAGUGCAGAUAGAAUGUUACAAGAAUUAUAAACGUAGCUCUAUGGAAAUGGAAAUCACCUUAUUGCUGAUUAAUACGU